CCUUUCAGUAUACCUAGAGCGGAGGGUGAAGGUACAUACCGCUAGUGUUUGACAAUACGAUAAUCAAUCGAGAAUUUAAACUAUGGCAGACGUGACAGCGACACCGGAACCGCCCUACGUAGAUGGAUUUGUCAAAGACGGGUUUGAAAAAGUCAGAGAUGUAUUCAGAGCCAAUUUGGAGAAUGGUUCCGACAAAGGUGGCUCUGUAGCUGUCUACUAUGAAGGGGAGUUGGUGGUAAACUUGUGGGGAGGCUGGGUUGACAUGACAUCUGUGUGGAAAUGGAGAGAGGAUACCAUGUCGUGUUUCUUUUCCUCUACAAAGAGUCCUUCAGCCCUCGUUAUAGCACACCUUGUGGACAGAGGUCUUCUAGACUACAAGGAAAAGAUAUCAAAAUAUUGGCCAGAGUUUGCACAGAACGGCAAAGGUGAUAUAACUCUGGAAACUUACAUCACGAAUCGGGCUGGUCUAAGCGGGAAUGAAGAGCCGAUCUCCAUGAGACUAAUGCUGGAAGACCCACAAAAGUUUGGAGAAAUUUUAGCUAAACAGAAGCCACUAUGGGAACCAGGAACGAAACAUGGCUACCACCCCUUAACAUUCGCCCUAUAUUUGGACCAAAUUGUGAAGAGAGUAGAUCCAGAGGGACGUAGUCUCUCCCAAUACUUCCAUGAGGAGAUGGCCAAACCGUUCGAUAUAGAAUUUUAUAUUGGACUUCCUAAGGAGUUGUACUACAGAGCUCCCCCGGUAUCAAUAAAGGACGAUGUAGAUAUGGAGAAAGUCAUGAGUUUGAUGCAGGGGGACGAUCCAGACUUAACAAAGCUUGUCAAUGGUACCUUCACAGACUUUGGGAUGAUUAACAAUCCAUAUAUAAGAGAAAUUCCGAAUGGAUCAGCCAUGGGGCACGGGACGGCUGCCUCCCUCGCUAAAUUCCAUGGUAUCCUAGCUAAUGGGGGAGUUCAUAACGGCAAGAGACUGUUGUCAGAGGAGGCUAUUCAAAGACAACUGGUUCCCAAGUCCUGUGGAAAAGAUGCAGUGUAUGGUAUAGAGUUUAUGUUUAGUCUUGGAACCAUGGUGUUUGCGUCAGUGGACGAUGGUCAACCACCUGUGCAUUCAUUUGGACACGGCGGAUUCGGAGGACAAAUGGCCAUUGCAGAUCCUACCCACAAGAUCGGCUUUGCAUACACAACCAAUUAUUUGAACCCGGACAUAAAGGAGGAAUCUCGCUGGAAUGAUCUCAGUAACGCUCUGUACGAAUGUGUCUAUAAGAUAAAGAACAUUUCCGCCAAAAGGACACUCUGUGAAUCCUACGACCAAUUGAAAGCAGCACAGGACUCACAAAAACAAUAAUGUUGCCAUUCUAUGCAAAUGUAUAGACAUAUAGAUUUAAUUAAAUCAAAUGUCAUUCUGAACUAAAUGAAGAUAAGAAAAGCUACACAUCAAGUGUUUAUUUCUAUUAAUAAAGACGUUUAUUCUUCCGAAUAUAUAUUAUGAUA